CCACACUCCUUCACAGGGGCCAUGGAGGAGGAGGGGCAAAAGAACUUGGAGUGCAUCCAGGCCAAUCAAAUUUUCCCCAAGAAAGCCCCUGUCCUGGAGGAGGAAAACAUGCAGGUGCCCUUUCCUGAGCUGCACGGGGAGUUUACAGAGUAUGUGGGGAGGGCAGAGGAUGCCAUCAUUGCAAUUUCCAACUACCGCCUACACAUCAAGUUCAAAGAGUCUGUCGUCAACAGUUGUACUUGUGAGGUGUCAGUGCCCCUUCAGCUUAUUGAGAGUGUGGAGUGUCGUGAUAUGUUCCAGUUGCAUGUCACCUGUAAGGACUGUAAAGUCGUCAGGUGUCAGUUCUCUACCUUCGAGCAAUGUCAGGAAUGGCUCAAGCGUCUCAAUGCAGUUGUGCGCCCUCCCUCUCGCUUAGAGGAUCUCUUCUCUUUCGCCUUCCACGCAUGGUGCAUGGAUGUGUACGCAGGUGAAAAGGAGCAGCAUGGAGAGCUUUGUAGACCAGGUGAACAUGUGACCUCCUGGUUUAAGAAUGAAGUGGAGAGGAUGGGCUUUGACACUCAAAAUGCUUGGAGGAUAUCUGACAUCAACAGCAAGUUUAGGCUGUGCCCCAGCUAUCCCCAGCAGCUUCUCGUACCAGCCUGGAUUACUGACAAGGAGCUGGAAAACGUCGCAGCUUUCCGUUCCUGGAAGAGGUUUCCUGCAGUGGUAUAUAGACACCUGAGCACAGGAGCUGUGAUCGCCCGCUGCGGCCAGCCAGAGGUCAGCUGGUGGGGCUGGAGGAACGCUGAUGACGAACACUUGGUUCAGUCCAUUGCCAAAGCUUGUGCUGUGGACAGCAGUUCUCACAAACACCUGUCCAAUGGAACCUACACCAACGGCUCCGAACUGCCUGAUAGUGACUUUGAGUCCUCAAUGACUAACAGCUCAGAGGUGGAGACAUUGGCCAUCCAGCCUCACAAGUUACUGAUACUGGAUGCCAGGUCCUAUGCAGCUGCUGUUGCCAACAGGGCAAAAGGGGGAGGCUGUGAAUGUCCUGAAUACUACCCCAACUGUGAAGUGGUGUUCAUGGGCAUGGCCAACAUCCACUCCAUUCGCAAGAGUUUCCAGUCCCUACGCUUCCUCUGCACGCAGAUGCCGGAUCCAGCAAACUGGCUUUCUGCACUGGAAAGCACCAAGUGGUUGCAACACCUGUCUUUGCUGUUAAAGUCGGCUCUGCUAGUAGUCAAUGCAGUGGACAGGGACGAGAGGCCUGUUUUGGUGCAUUGCUCUGAUGGCUGGGAUCGGACACCUCAAAUUGUUGCUUUGUCGAAGUUGCUGCUUGACCCAUAUUACCGCACUAUAGAGGGCUUUCAAGUUUUGGUCGAGACGGACUGGUUAGACUUCGGCCACAAGUUUGCUGACCGAUGUGGCCAUGGAGAGAACUCUGAGGAUGUGAAUGAGCGCUGUCCUGUUUUCCUGCAAUGGCUGGACUGUGUUCACCAGCUGCAGAGGCAGUUUCCAUGCUCUUUUGAGUUUAAUGAGGCCUUCCUGGUGAAGCUGGUGCAACACGCUUACUCCUGUCUGUUCGGCACGUUCCUGUGUAACAGCGGCAAAGAGAGAGAAGACCGACACGUUCAAGAGAGGACGUGUUCGGUAUGGUCCCUGCUGAGACCCGCUAACCGUACACUGAGGAACAUGCUGUACUCUUCACACUCCGAGACAGUUCUCCACCCUGUGUGCCAUGUGCGCAAUUUGAUGCUAUGGACUGCAGUCUAUCUGCCUAGCUCCUCUCCUACAACCCCCUCUGACGAUUCCUGUGCUCCAUAUCCUUUGCCUGGCAGCAAUCCUGAGGAGGCGCCCCUGGGCAGAUGUACGAAGACGCGUUCCUUUGACAAUUUGCCCAGUGCUUGCGAGCUGGGAAGCUCACUGGCUCCGAAUCGCCGCUCCAGUGACCCAAAUCUCAAUGAGAAGUGGCAGGACCACCGGCGUUCUCUGGAUCUCAACAUGGCGGUCGAGCCAGACGAAGGGGGCGACCAGGAUCACGACGUGCACUGCAACGGAUUGAGCCUUUACCCGAACAGCGUGAACACUGAGCUGGAUGAUCCGCAGGACCCGCGCUCCGAUUCGAAAGAGGGAGUCCUCAUGCGCUCUGUAGCGAGUCAAGAGGAAACUGAGGUCGCGGAACUGUCUGUAGCAGUGGGCGUAGCCGAGGGCCAGAUGGAGAACAUUCUUCAAGAAGCUACAAAGGAGGACAUGGGAGCAGAUGCUCAGAGAGUUGUGGGUGCUGCUCUCACCCAUGUUAUUAACACGGCUGCUAUGGAGGCGGAGGAAAAGGUCUCAAGAACUGAAGAUGAGGAUGAUCAGUCUGUCAACACGACUGAGAUCCGAGAAAUGUUUCCUAAUGGUCACCAUCCGGAAAAUGGUUUUGCAGAAGCCAAUGAAAAUAUUGAUGUCGCUCCUACGCCUGCACAGAUUGUAGAGGAUUUGGAGCACCCUAGUGAUGUAGAAGUUCAAACGCAAGAGCAGGUGGAGGAGCAAGUUCUGGAGAAUGGGUCUCAACAGCUAGCGUAUGCUCAUGAAAACUUUGAGGGAAGUUCGGGUGAGCCAGAGCCACCUUUACCUCAAAGGACUCUGAACGGAUUUGCUCACAGGUCAUCUGAGGAAAUCGAUACAGAUGAAAAGACAUGUGCUGCUGGUGACCCUGACCCAGUUUUGACAGAUUCAGGGGAACUCUCAGAUAAGAGGGUCUCCAUUAUGGAAAGCUCUACAGAGACUUUGACAGAGGAGGUCUGCAGCAAGUUGGAACUUCCUGUACAGCCUGUGGUCUGUCAGAGCCGUAUGGCUCACAGCAACGGCCAAGACCAACGGCCCUCCUCCAGGAAGGACAAAAUGUCAGAGACCAACGAAAACGGCUUUUUCCCAUCGUUAAACGGGGUCAGCAAGCGACCCUCUGUCAGUGCCUUCCAGUAUGCGAAUGCUGAGCUCACCCACGACGGACUUUGUAACAGCGACAGUUCCGACGGAGAACCUUGCGGGGGACCUCAGUGGGUGAAAGCCAAUGGCGAGCGGGCACCGCUGAGCCGGCAGGUGUCCCUCGCGAGCUGUAACUCGUUGAUCAUACACCAUCGAGGCAGCUGCUCGCAGCAACGUUGGUGCCACGCCCAAACGGGACGCGCCGCCGUCAGCCCAGAGCAGCCGUCGCGCAGCCACUUGGAUGACGACGGGCUGAUGCUCCACACGGACGCCAUCCAACAAAGGCUCAGGCAGAUUGAAGCAGGGCACCAGAUGGAGGUGGAGACUCUGAAAAAACAGGUACAGGAGCUGUGGAGUCGCCUAGAAAACCAGCAGCACGCCGGCUCCCAUCGGGUCAAUGGAAGCGGGGGAGAUGAAGUGACUUUGAUGACCGACUCUGAAUACAACAUGGACCCUAACUGUCUGUCACGAUGCAGCACGGAACUGUUCUCUGAAGCCAGCUGGGAGCAAGUGGACAAGCAAGACACUGAGGUGAGCUGCACACUCACUUUGUGGGCUUCUUUUCAGGUCACCCGCUGGUACCCUGAUCAUUUGGCUGCCCAGUGUUACGGCUGUGAGAGCAGGUUCUGGCUCGCCACCAGGAAGCAUCACUGCAGUGGCAGGCAGCCUGUCCAGGAGGUCUGGAACUGCGGUAACGUGUUCUGCGCCAGCUGCUGCGAUCAGAAGAUCCCGGUGCCGAGCCAGCAGCUGUUCGAGCCCAGCCGCGUGUGCAAGAGCUGCUACGGCAGCCUCCGGCUCGGCCCGUCACCCCUCGACAAGCCCAUCGCGGCCAGCUCCAACUGA